AUGACAGGAACGGCGCCGUGGCACAGGCUCGCCGAGGCCGAGGCCGCCGUGAACCGCUCCGUGGCGGCGAGCCGCGUCGGGAGGUACUUCAAGCUCGACGCGCGCAAGAGCUCCUUCACCAAGGAGCUGCGCGCCGGUGCCGCCACCUUCCUCACCAUGGCAUACAUCAUCUCCGUCAACGCCGCCAUCCUCACGGACUCCGGCGGGCCGUGCACCGUGCACGACUGCACUCCGGUGCCGGGCAACUCCACGGUAGCUCCUGGGCCGGAGUGCAUGGUGGGGACGUCUAACCCGGGGUACCAACAGUGCCUGGCGCGCACCAAGAGCGACCUGGUCGUCGCGACGGCCGUGGCCGCCAUGGCCGCCUCUUUCGCCAUGGGCGCGCUCGCCAACCUCCCGCUGGCCCUGGCCCCCGGGAUGGGUGCCAACGCCUACUUCGCGUACAACAUGGUCGGCUUCCACGGGUCCGGGUCCAUCCCCUACCGCACGGCGCUGGCCGGCGUCAUGCUCGAGGGCAUCGUCUUCUUCGCCCUCUCCGCCGUCGGCCUCCGGUCGAAGCUGGCGCGGCUGAUCCCGCGCAACAUCCGCCUCGCCUCGGCCGUAGGGAUCGGGCUGUUCCUGGCCUUCACGGGCCUUCAGGCGAACCAGGGCCUGGGCCUCGUCGGCGCCAGCCCGACCACGCUCGUCACCCUCACCGCCUGCUCCGAGACCGACCCCGUCACCGGCGCCUGCCUCGGCGGCACCCUGCACAGCCCCACCUUCUGGCUCGGCGCCGCGGGGUUCCUCCUCACCGCCACCUGCCUCGCCAGGGACGUCAAGGGCGGCAUGAUAUACGGCAUCGUCUUCGUCACGGCCGUCUCCUGGAUCCGAGGCACCAGCGUCACCGUCUUCCCGGACACGCCGGCGGGGAAUGCCGGCUUCUCCUACUUCAAGAAGAUUGUCGACUUCCACACGAUCGAGAGCACGGCCGGGCAGCUCAGCUUCGGCGGCUUCCGCCACGGCAACGUGUGGCUGGCCAUGCUCACGCUGCUGUACGUGGACGUGCUCGACACCACGAGCACAAUGUACUCCAUGGCGGAGUACGGUGGGUUCACCGACGGCGCGGGCGGGUUCGAGGGCGAGUACCGGGCUUUCCUCGUCGACGCCGGGUCCACGGUGCUGAGCGCCGCGCUAGGGAGCACCACGGUGACGACCUACAUCGAGUCGACGGCGGGGAUCAGGGAGGGCGGCAGGACCGGGUUGACCGCGAUCACCGUGUCAGCGUGCUUCCUGGCGUCGCUCUUCUUCUCGCCGCUGCUGAUGAGCGUGCCGCCGUGGGCCGUCGGGCCGUCGCUGGUGCUGGUGGGCGCCAUGAUGAUGCGCGUGGCCAAGGACAUCGAGUGGGGCGACAUGAAGGAGGCCAUCCCGUCGUUCGUCACCAUGGCGCUCAUGCCGCUCACCUUCUCCAUCGCCAACGGCAUCAUCGCCGGCCUAGGCGUCUACGUCGCGCUGCACUGGUACGACUGGGCCAACCACGCCUGCGGCAGGGUGGGGAAGGCGCUCGACGACCGCCGGAACCAGGUCGCCGCUGCCACGGCCGAGGUCGGCCCGGCGCAAGACGUGUGACGUCAUGGUCAUAGUAGUCUGUAGCUGUUGUAUUUCUUCUUCUUUUCCCUAGUUAUUAUUAUGUGUUAGUUUGGACCCAGAGAGCAGCUGUGAAUGAUCGACAUGGGAUUUAGGACUAGUAGGAGGAACUGUUUAAGCUCGAUCUGUGCUUGGAGAAAGGUAGUGGGAACUGGGAAAGACGAGAUUCUUGAUGUACAAGGGGAUGUCUGUACUUUGACCAUCAUGGCAAUGUCCCAAUGAUUCCGCUGGCAUGUUUAUUUCCUGACGAAUUUGGACAAUGUAAAGCUGAUAAGUUGUACUGCUGGUAUUUUUUGA